AUGCUGGACCCGAACGUCACCCUGUCCGACACACUCACAUCCGCCACACACCCAUCCCUCGUAGACGAUGGCUUCAGUCUCUCUCGGCGCAUGCCUUGCGGCAAGAACCCUGACGCAAUCGACAAUUGGCUCUCGAGCACCAUCGCUCCGCCCGUUCUUCCCUCCAUUCCCUCUAGUUCCGGUACUAUAUAUACCGGCAGCUUCAUCGACGACGGCGCAGACAUGCUCUACCCAACACAAGUCAUUCCUGGGUUUGGUGUAAUGGAUAAAAGGUUCUACGGUAAGGGCAAGCCACGCAAGAGCAGGCACGAGGAAGAGUGGACGGUGGAGAAAGAGAGGGCGCUAGCGGGUGAUAUGUGGAGGAGUCUUGCUAUAAUGCGAAGCAUUGCGAGGGUUGAGCUCAGCGAUGCUGACAAAGCUGAAAAAAGACGAGAAAGGAAAGAGACGAACAAAGGCAAAGUGGGCGCUGUUGAAGACGACGGUAGAGUGAGAAUAAUGAAGCCUUUGAUGUGGGGGACUAUUAUCAUUGAAGGCGACGAUGGGAGGGUUGUGGUCGUGGAUAGGGAGGGGGAUUAUGAUUCUGGAAAGCCGAAAGAGAAGAAGGGUCUAGAAAAGCGGGAAAAGGAGCAUGCGGAGCGAGAGAGAGGGAGGGCGAGGGAGCUUGAGAAGGCGCUACAGACGACGAAGAAGCGAGCAGAAGAAAAGGCCAAGUCAUUGAGGGAGCGGGAAGAGAUGGUAAAGGCGCAGGAGCGAUCAGUUGCCAAAGAGCGAAAUCGUAUGGACAAACACAACCGUCAUGGGCAUCAUCAAUCGUUUGCGAAUUCUCUCACACCUAUACCGGAAGCCGAUACGCUCGAAGAGAGCACAACGAGCAUCGCAUCACCUACAACAAUCUUCAUGAUCGGGCCGCAGAGCGACUGGUUUCCAACGGCCCAUGUGCCUACGGAACCAUCUGCAGCACCGCCGUCACCUACUGAGUCUCCUCCAGGAGCAUGGCCCUCCCCACAGCUUUCACCAGUCAAGUUCGCACCGUCGGUGAUGCUAGUGUCCACUCCCAGGGCCCUUUCGACGAUUACUUCAGUGACCGACUUCGAAGAACCGUGGAAUGAACAGAAGUCAUGGGUUCAAGAAGCCUCGGCUUUCAAGCUUCCUUCCUCAGCAUCUUCCGUCAAAUACUCAGAUGCAACAUCCUCGACUGUAUCGGAGGUUGCUCCGCAAGACUCACGAGGAAAGGCGGCCUCGUCGAUCUUUAACGAAGACAAGCCCUCGGGGCAUGGGUCGUCAAAAGGAGUAACAUCCGUCAGUCGAUCCAGAACAGGUUCCAUCGACAGCUGGAAAGAAGACGUGGACAAGCGCUCCGCUCGUGGCUCGCCAAAACGAGCAACAUCUUCUGGAUUCCGCUCCAAUGCCAUUUGGAGUGAGGACGUCGACCGGCUCUCAGCUCGUGAUUCUUCCAGACGACGCAAAUCUGGUGAAGCUUCCUGGGCUGGUUUGAACGAUAACUGGAAGCGAGACGUAGACACGUCCGAAGGGCGAGUUUCGCACACGACAACACGCUCUCCUAUAAAGUCUCCGAUCGCCUCGAUAUCAACUUGGAUCCAAGACGAUGGGAACAAGCCUUCCUACUCAGCAUACCCACCAAGCAAGCCAGCUACGUCGUGGAUCUCUGCGUCCACCUGGGAUCAGAACGAACACCACAGCCUAGCGCCCUCAGCCUGCUCACACAAGUCAGGAAGUCGAAGCUCGGUCGUCACACCAUAUUCGUGGAGACGGCAGGUCGAGGAAGUGUCGGAUCAUUCUACAGUCGGGUCAAACGAAUCACGUGCUCCUGCACCUUCCCGGGCGAUGUCUCCGAUGUCAUCAGAGGAGCGCGGUAGCGACGGUGAAGGCAUAGAAGAACGAGAUGAGGAUACGCACUCUGUGAAGACGCACUCAACAUACCAAGCGCCCACGGUGGAGGACGCACCGGAGUCAGAUGACGGUGCUCUUGAGUGGGAUUCUGCCUGGAGUAUGAAGGCCGAUCAGAAGGAUGAUGAAGACAGCAAAAGCCAAGCUGGAUGGAAGGGCGACCAGGCGAGCGUAGCAGGCAGUGCGAAGUGGAGUGGGAAGACUGGCUGGGGCGGGGACAUUGCGCAGGCUGACAGUGUGACAGAGAGGGCGGCUGGGGCUACGACUGGAGAUUGGAAUGACAAGAGUGGGUAUGAGGAGGGUAAUGAUACAUGGCUCAAUGCGGAAGUGGGUGGUGUCAAGUUCCGGGAGGCUGCGUGGAAGAGGGAACCACCAGAGGGAUCGUGGAGAGAUGUGUGA